AGCCCAAAAAGCCUUUUAAGUUGUAAUCUUGCUCCCUCGCCGCCCUUCUCAUCACCUUUUGAAGUUCCAAGCUUUUCUUUUUCUCAGCAAUGGCGGAUUCGAUUUUCAGAAAGCUAAGAGACGGAGGCGAAGAAGGCGAGCUCGCGCCAGCUCUCACCAUAGAGGAAACUGUAGCUUCCCCUUUCGCCCUCGACGUCUCCUGCUAUCUCCUCGCGAAUCUAUCUUCAUCAAUCCUGGCCGGAAAAUCCAAGUCCGAAGGCCUCGUGCUGGUCACAUUCUCUCGGAGCCCUUCCUUCUAUUUGCAGUUCUUGAAGCAAAAAGGAAUCUUUGUCUCUUCAUCCUCUAAAUGGAUUCGUGUUUUGGAUUGCUACACUGAUCCACUAGGCUGGAUUGAUCAGCCUUCCCCUGGUGUUAUUACUGAAGGUUCAAGUUUAAUUAAGUUACACAAGUGUGUUAGUGACUUGAAGAGGCUUUUCUCUUCAAUCAUUGAAGCUGGAAGAGAGAUGGUUGGAGAUGGGAAGACACGUUUCUCUGUUGCCAUUGAUUCGGUAAGCAAAUCCUCUCUUUGGAGUUUUAGAUAUGAGAUUAAUGAUGAUAUAUAUAUAUAUAUAUAUAUAUAUAUUUGGUUGAAUCAGGUGAAUGAGCUGCUAAGACAUUCAUCCAUGCCAUUAGUUUCUGGUCUUUUAACAGAUCUUCGAAGCCACGCACAAGUUUCCAGUUUGUUUUGGUCGUUGAACACUGACCUUCACCAAGAGAAGGUUACCAAUGCGCUUGAAUAUAUAUCCACCAUGAAAGCCAACUUAGAACCUUUUUGUCCAUCUUCGGAUGGGAAAAGGAAUGCCUUGGAAAACCUCUUUUUGGUUCAUCAGGAUUUUGGUAAAGGACGGUUCCAUAUCCGGUUUAAGCUUAGAAAGGGACGCGUCAGAGUAAUGUCUGAAGAGUAUCAUGUUGAUCAAACGGGCAUAAACUUUUCACCCAUUUCCUCCGUGGAAACUAUUAUUGCAGCCACCAAAAGCCUUAUACCUAAGGUUCAUUUCAAUCUACAGUUGUCUGAGAAAGAACGUUUUGAGAAAGAAAAAGUUGUCCUUCCUUUUGAGCACCAAGAUCAUGGAAAAUCGACAGAGAUUUAUGAUGGGCGGAGAAUGCUUGCGGAUGGCAAGACUGAGGCAACGCCAUUGUCUUCAGGAGAGUUGCAGGCCGAUGUGGUUUCAUCUGGUAAGGGUGGAGAGAUUAUAUAUUUCAGAGAUUCAGACGAUGAGCAUCCAGAUUCUGAUGAGGACCCUGAUGAUGAUUUGGACAUUUAGUUGCUCCUGUAAGAACCAGAGAGUGGGACAGUUUUGGUUUUGGCAAAGUACUUUGGGUUUUAAUCCUGGGAUCUUGAUUGUUAGAUUUAUCCAACUUUGUACACUAGAUAGCAGAUGUGUAACAUUUUAUUGUGUUAUUGUUGAAUUAUCAACACUAAUUUUAGUUUAGAUGCAUCUGAAUUGAAUAAAAAUGAUCUUGUACUAAAUCAAAUAACUUCAGUUGCAAUGGUAAGGGUUUAAUAAUUUAGUUUGGAAAAUGAAUCUGGUUUUUAAAAUUGUUUUGAGGUCACAUUUUUUUAUUAGUUGUCGAGAAAGAAAGUUUGAACCGGUCAAUGAUAUACUUCUCCAGAGCGGAAAGUUAUUGUAACUCUCUUCAAUUCACCAAGUCUCAUCGACUUGCAUAUAAAGAGAGUUUGCAGAGCUAGGCAUUAACUAUAAGAUGGUAACAGAUGUCCUUUGGUCUGUGAUGCGGAAACAAGAGACUAAUGUUCUCCAGUGUGAUAUGGAUAAGUCAAAAAAAUUUAAACACCCAACAAAGGGCUCUAGGCAAUUUCAAAGGACUGUUCAACAUCCCCAUUAGCUAAGAACUCUAAAACUGAAAUUCAAUUUCAGAACAGAGCAGUUCGUGUUCUGUUUUUUUUUUCUUUUCCCUCUUAUAGAUGCUUUGACAAUGGAGCAUGAUUCAGGUACAUGGAAUAACAGUCGUGUUUAUUUACACAAAUAAAGCCACAACAACAGUGGAUGGUGGGCUGAUUCUUAAACGCAUCAUCAUAUGAGCGAACUCAUCAAAGCUUAAAACUCCGUCAGCGUUAAGAACAAAAGCUUUGAUCAUGACAAUGCAAUCAUCACUCGUUCCAGCAUCGUCUUCAACCUUCUUGGAGCAAUGCAAUCUUCUCCUUCAGCGAUAUACAUUCCAUCAUCUUGCUGUUGAUCUGUUCCUCUGUAAACUCAUCAUUCCCUUUGAUUAACUGAGCAAACUCCUCAAAAUCCGACACCCAAACAGUUUAACCGCGGUUUCAGCUUCUUCUUCAGCAGAAAGUUUCUCUCCCAAUGUGUUGAAACUCUUCUUAAGCUCUUCUGGACCGUCUGUGUUUGCAUCCAUGUAAGCAAACACAGAUUUAAGUCUCUUAUACUGUAGUUGUCGUAUUCUUUGAUUGCACAUGCUCAACUCGUGUCUUGAAAUGUUGUAUGUACUUCAUUGGUCCAAUUAUGUAUGACACACAUUCUGCUAGAAACCAUCUAAUGAUAUAUUGAUGAUAUUAGUCUCAAAACUAGAUACUUAUCUCAAGAGUUAGCAUCACCGGAAAUUAUACUAAAUACUUUUUGCCAACUUAGAAGACCUUAAAAAAAAAAAAAAAAAAAAAUAAUAAUAAUUAGAAGACCUUAAAAACAAAGAUAGAAGCUGGCUUUGUUGUUGUUCUUGAUCAGGCUCUCCUGUAUCUGUCAUCUUUUAAUCUUCGCCCUCUUUUGUAUUCUAUCUCUGCAUCAGAGCUUCUGCUUCCGUUUUUUACAGACCACACUCUUGAUAAUAGAGCCUCUUCAUCAGUGUGGAUGCGGUUUCUUGGUUUGUGAUCUAUGAUACAAUUAGCACAAUGAAACAACCAAUGGCAAUGAAUUACUCACCGAGGGGAUUUGAGAUUAAUACGACAACACUCUCACCUUUCUAGCCCUUUGGUGAAUGGAAGUCUUCAGCUUGUGAUUCAAGAUCAGCUUCUGAUCUGGAGCUCGUUCGGCACGGCAAAUUGGCUCCUCUUCUAAGCAACUUUUUUCCAUCGCUUAGUGUAUAAAGCCCUACUACUACAAUAAUGAAUGCCGGAGUACGUUAUUAUGGUUCAUUCUUUUAUAACAGAAACCAUCCCCAAUAAUGAAUGCAACUCGUCCUGAUAAAAGGUAAAGAUAAGUCGAUGAGACUCUUGACUCAUUUCGUGUUGUAGUGAAGCAGUAGGUAUAACUUAAAUACCAGAACUCUAGGCCACGUCCUCUUGUACCAAAACUCCAGGCCACGUCCUGUUUAACAAUCCAAAUAUUUCGUCGGGAAGAGACAGAAUACUAAGAAGCGAUAAAUUGGAAGAAACGUUGUCCAUCAAAUACGCUGCACUGUUGCUACCAAAAAUGAGAUUAAUGAUCGAUCGAUUUAAUAAGUAGAUCAGGCCAUCAGGGAAAUGACAAGAAUUGGAACAUUUCAUAGAAAUUACAAUAAAAAGCAAAUUAGAGCAAAUCUGGGUGGACUCGAACCACCAACCUCUCAACUUCAAAAGAAGAAGAGCGCUCUCCCGUUUUGAGCUUACAGAUCUAUUAUCGAAUCUUGAAAACUCAAAAUGUGCUCAUGGCAAGACAAACAGACUGUUCAUAUACUUAGCAACACGAUCAAGUAACCUUUCACUUGCGGACAGAACAAAAAUUUGAAAAGAUAAAACUACCAUGGGAGAAGAAAUUUUAAACAAUAAUAUCAAUUUUAUUAGUGAAUUAUCGGCAAAAAUAUAUUCACAUCAAAACAAAAUGAAAACAUGGAGUGUAAUAAUGGAUACACUUCGAUAUAUGUUAAGGAAAUUAAUCAAUGUGUACACACAGCAUUUUAAUACCUUCAUUUACAAUAAGCUUUAUAGGAUGAGUCUACAAAGAGCUGUUGUAUUCACACUGCUCCACGCUAUAGCUUCCAAUGUAUUGCUCCACAAGCUAAUAUGAUAUCCCAUUCUCACCCUUCAGCCAUCAAAUUUCGGAUACAUAAUCUUGUGAUGUUCUCUAACUAUAUAAAUCAAACAGAUACUUAUAAACUUAGAAAUAUAAA